AUGGCGGCUCUUUCGGCAGGAUUUGUGUCUGCUCCUCAACAUGACACGGAGCUGGAAGUUGAAUUAAAGGAGGGCGGUUGGUUUAACUAUGGGAUAGAUGUUAAUGUCGUAUGUCGGGUCUCAUCCGCCGAAAUCGAGAAAGCUGCAGGAUCUGAUUACUUCCUUUGGCCAGAAAAGUGA